AUGCAGUUCAACAUGGCUAUUGCUUUCUUCGUCGCUGGCCUUGCCAGCGUCGGUUUGGCCGCCCCCUCCGAGGCCUUCGUCUGCCCCCCCCAGGUGGCCUGCCAGCGACGCGCCGGUUGCACCUUCAGGGUGAAGGAAUGCGUCAUCUGCAAGCCCGAGUGCCGCAUUGGCACCCAGUCAGAGGAGUAA